AUUGUUGUGAUAAACUUAUUAAAUAGAUUUUCCAAUGGUACACAUUGCAAACGUUGACAAAUUGGCACGGGAAGGUCGAGGAAGAGCACAGAUCAUGUUCGCUUACCAAAGAAUCAUCGGACCAGGAUUGAGCGAACAGGCUCGAAUUGAUCUAAAUGCAAUGAUCAAUGCUAUGAUGAACGAGGAGCCGCAAAACAGGCUAGAGAGAGGCAAUCAUUAUGCGCAGUUCUUGAAUUUUGUGGCCAAUACUGGCGUCGAACAAUUAGAGAGGUUUUUGGAGUUGUUCAAACACGCGGGCCAAGCUCCUUUAAACAUUGAGCUCGUAGAUGAAAAUAAUCUUCCUGGAAUUAUCUUCCAAACUUCAUCCAACUACAGUCAAGAUGAUCCGUACCUUGGUAUAAGAAAUUAUUUCCUGUGCCAAGACAGUAGCCUUGAACUCCCUGAAGAGAAUGACGUUCACGGUGAAGUUCCAGCGCUUUCUGCCCCUGGAGAAGAUUUACAGUUUGAAGAUGCAACUGCACAUAUAAUUCCAGAUGAUGUAUAUCAUUUCAUUGGUGAAAUGCGCAGUGCUCCGCCUGUUGCAGUCCAAGAGUCAGAUAGUAUGGUGGAUGCAGAAACUUUAUGAAACCAAGCAGCGAAUGAGUGGAUGCAGUUUGAUCGGGCUCUUUAUUUCUGACCGAUUUUGAAAUUCAAUUGCUUAAUAUUGUAUAUAAUGCAAAUUCAGGUUUUUUUACUAUUAAAAAAUGUCCAUAACAUUUUUUUGGAUGAAUUGAGGCGAAGUUUCAGGCAAUGACUUAA